AUGGCGUUGCUUAAUACGCUCGGGAUACUUCUGGUGAUGAUUUACACGGUACAGCCGUAUUACUACCGAACCUACUGUACGUCUAGUGCGGACUGUGGACAAGGGCAGUGUUGUAGGGGUAGCGACGGACAUCUGGUAGGAGGGGAUACCACCCUUAAACCACAGACAGGUAUUUGUGUAGAGUACAGAAACGACAUGACAGCUUUGGAUGACGGAUGUAGUUGCAGAUGUAACAAAGAUUCUCUGUGUUACCAGGAGAUAACGGGUGUGUGUUGCGCCCCCUAUACUUGCAGGAACGCGAAUUACGUCAGGGAAAGACAACUGUACUGGAAAAACUGUUUAGCUGAUAUUAACUGUGCACUUCCGCCCGUUGCCAGAAUACCUCAAGAAGGAGUGAUACGCUAG